AUGGAUGAUCUCGAGCGGGCCAUUCUCUUCAGCUUCGACCAAUCAGGAGCCGUCGACGUCUCGCUCCGUGCACGCGCGCACGCGUUCUGCGCGGAGGCUCGGCGCUCCCCGCAGCUAUGGCGCGUGUGCGUGGAGCGGCUCAUCUCGUCGAGCUACCCUGAGGUGCAGUUCUGGUGCCUGCAGGCGCUCGAAGAGCUCCUGCUGCGCCAGCGACUGCGCGCGGACGGCCAGCCGCAGGCCGCGGGGGGGGUAUCUUCCGCGCCCGGCGACGGCGGCGCUGGCGCAGGGGCGGAGGGUGAGUUUCUUCCGCCCGAAGCGCUGGCGGAGCUCCGCGAAACCCUAAUGGCGGUAGCCUUCAGGUGUCCCGUGGGAUCAGGGCUGAUGCCAGGGGCGGGGGGGCCGCAGGGCAUGGCAGAUGCGCAGGCAGGAGGGCAAGCGGGCGCGGGGGUGCCGCUGUGCGCGUCAUGGCCGGUAUUCAUCCGCAACAAGGUGGCGCAGGUGAUCGUGCUGCUCAUCCGCCUGCACUACCCCACACCGUGGCACACCGCAUUCGACCCCAUCGUCUCCGCGCUCAUGGCGGUCGGCGCAGCGGCCAACUCCCAAGCCUCCGCGGCCGGCGGUACCACCAGCUCCAUGGCGCAAGCGGGUGGCGCGGAGGGCGCGGGCGCGUGGAGCGUGGUGAGUCUGGACAUGGCGUGCCGCGUGCUGGCGGCGCUGGACCAGGAGGUGCUGAGCAUCGAGUACGCGCGCACGGCGGAGGAGUCGGCCGCCGCCAUGCGCGUCAAGGACGGCAUGCGCGAGGGCUGCAUUGCGCCGCUCGUGCACGCCUGGUACUGCGCCGCCGUCGCGCUGCUAACGGGGCUGGGGGCGGGGGGAGCAGGAGGAGGAGCUGGGGCAGAGCAGGGUGGGAUGCCGGGCAGUAACGGUGUGGGCGGGGGAGGGGGAGAUGUGGUGUUGAGGGACGGGAGGGGGAGCGCGGUGAGCAGGGACGACGCGGCGGCAUCUGUAGCGGCGCUGCUGGAAACGCUACAGCCGUACGUGGCGUGGAUAGACAUCGGGCUCGUGGCGGAUUCCCGUUGGCUGCCGCUCCUCUUCGGCCUCCUAGCAGCACACACCAGCGACGUGCGCCUGCGAUCCGCGGCGUGCGGGUGUAUCCUCGCUAUAGUGAACAAGCGCAUGGACGCCGUGAGCAAGGUGGCGCUGCUGCAGCGCGUGCAGAUCGCGCAGGUGGCGGGCGUGCGCGUGGUGGAGGAGAUCGCGCGCGCGGACGAGGGGCUCACGCUGCGCCUGGCGGAGCUUCUGACGGGCGCCGCCACGGAGAUCAUGGAGUGCAUCAAGAAGCUUGAGGCGGGGGGUGGCGGGGGCGGCGCAGGCGGACGGGCGGAGGGGGUUCUGCAGGGGUUCGGGAUGGAGGACGGGAAGGGCGCGGGCGCGGGGGAAGGGGGAGGCGGGGAGGCGUCAGAGUCUGUAGCAGUGGCGGCGACGGCGGCAGCACAGGGCAUGCUGGAUGCCAUUCUGCCGGCCGUGUUCUUCCUGGCGCAGAGGCACCCCGACGAGGACGUGUCCGCCAACUGCUUCCAGUUCCUCCUCUUCUUCGUCGCUGACAUGCGCCGCGUCGGCGGCGCCAGCAGCCGAGGCGCCGCCGCGCUCGCCGCCACUGCAGCAGCCGCCGGAGCAGCAGACGCGGCGGCGGCAGCGGUGAGAGAGCGGCAGGAGCAGCAGCUGCGGCAGGUGCUGCUGGUGGUGGGGGAGCGGAUGCGGUACCCUGAGAGCAGCUGUGAGGCGCUGGAUGCACCGACGAAGGAGGGCGAGGAGGAGGAGGAGCGCGUGGGCGAGCAGCGCAAGGACCUCUUCGUGCUGCUGCGCUCCGCCGCCAAGGUCAACCCCGCCGUCGUCCGCGCCUUCGUCCAUGAAACCCUAGCCGCAGCGCUGGCGCGCGGGCCGCACGCGACGUUUGCAGAGACAGAGGCGGCAGUGCAGCUGUUCUAUCAGCUGGGCGAGGGCGUGACAGAGGAGGCUCUCAAGCCCGGCAGCGGCGCGCUGGGGGAGAUGACCGCGCUGCUCCUCUCCUCCCCCUCCGCCUCCUCCCCCUCCCAGCAGCAGGGAGCGAGCGGGGCAGCAGCAGGGGCAGCGGGAGGGGGGUUGAGGUACAGAGGGCACCGGCUGGUGGCGGUGGCGUGGCUGGAGGUGAUAGUGCGGUACGCGCGGUUCGUGCAGCAGCACCCUCAGUACAUCCCUGCUGCGCUUGAUGCGUUCCUGGGCCCGUGGGGCGUGGGGCACGGCAACAGCGCGGUGGCGGGGCGAGCAGCGUACCUGCUGAUGCGCGUGGUGAAGGUGCUCAGGCAGCAGCUGCUGCCGCUGCUCGACUCCAUCCUCAUGGGUCUGCAGCGCAUGUUAGAGGCCAUCACCUCCACGCCCCCAGCAGCAGCAGGCAAGGGGGCGGGCGGGCAGGGCAGACCAGCAGGGCCGUUUGGGCGGGGAGAAGGCGCCUUUGACGACCGCAUCUAUGCAUACGAGGUGAGCAGCUGUGCUGGCAGUGGGGCUGCUGUUGGCGCAGGAGGAGGUGCCAGCUCAGCAGCAGGCAGCGUGCUUAUCAGCGUUGCUCACACCGCUUAUCGCACGGGUGAGUGGGCAAGAAACCUGCAAGGUCUUCGAUUUUGGAACGCUGCUGUCAAACCAGGGAGACGUGGCUCCCCCAAUGGCCGGACUGGCAGCACGAUAUGCAUCUCUAAGGCAUCUGCUCCAUUCCUUUGCCUAUCUCCAUCGCUCACCUGCUCAUACCUGCCUUCACCUGCUACCCGUGCCUUCCAGGCAGAUGCGUUGGCACAAGAAGCGCAGGCGGCAGAAGCAGGAGGGGGGGGAGCGGAGGCGGCAGCGGGCAUGGUGGCGGCGCUGCAGCAGGUGAUCAUGGCCAUGAGCUACCUGUCCAAGGGCUUUGCGGCGCACAUGGUGACGACGGCGCGGCCAGAGCUGGCACAGCUGUUCAAGGGCGCCGUGGAGUGCGUGCUCCGCGUGCUGCACGCCCUGCCCCGCAGCCGCCCCACUCGCUCCAAGGUGACGUCGUUUCUGCACCGCAUGGCGGACUGCCUGGGGGCGCACAUCAUCCCCUUCCUGCCGCAAGCACUGCCGCUCCUCCUCGCGCACUGUGAGGCACGAGACAUGGUGGAGUGUGUGCAGCUGCUGUCACUGCUCACGGCCAAGCACCGCGCCCACAUGGCGCCCAUCGUCGACGCCCUGCUCGUGCCGCUCUUCGCCCGCCUCUCCGUCCUGCUGCCCUCGUCGCUCCCCUCGCUCAUGGGGCCACCCAACACCACCUCUGAUGCCUCUGGCACCCCCGAGGAGGUGCGAGAGCAACGGGAGGUGCUGAGGGCAGUGGUGAUGCUGCUACACGGCAUCACCAUGGCGGACCUGCACGCCACCUUCCUCUCCCCCACCAACGCCUCGCAAGUGCUCCCACGCAUCAUCACUCUCCUGCUUGACACCGCUGCCCUGCAUGUUGACAUCUCGCUGCGCAAGGUGGCCGUUGCCUGCUUCAUCCGCUUCGCCUCCGACUGGUGCUCCUGCGACCCUGAAAAGGCGCCGGGGUUCAGGGCGUUUUUGUUGGAGCAGUUUCUGCCCACGGCGUGCCUGCUGCCGUGCCUGCAGCCCUCCUUCUCCCUGCAGGACGCCAACUCCGCUCUGCUAGUGAACGACAUUUCACUCGCCCUGCUGGCGCUGCACCACACGUGCGGCCAGCUGCUCUCCGAUCGCCUCCUUUCUUCUCUUCUGCCCUCAUUUAACUGUCCACCCACGUUAGCCGCCAACUUCUGUUCCCAGCUCCAGAGAGGAGAUGCAAAGAUAGCACGUGAUGCAUUUAGAGAGUUAUUGGUUCAGCUGCGAGCACAACAUGCACCCACGCAAGGCAACGUAGCAAUGGUUCCAAGAGGUUUUGGUUAG